AUGGAGUUGUUUAGAAAUAAAACGAUACUUGCCUGUGUGGAUGAUAUCAUGGUGAUUGGGUGCUCACGUGAAGAAAUUAUCACUGAAACGGCUAAACUUAUCAUGGCGGCUAAACUAAUGGGAUUCAAAAUUAACCAAAUUAAAACCAAGUAUAUGGUCAUAGACAGAAGAGCUGGAAUUGUACAGGACCUAAAAAUCGGCAAUUACAAUUUUCAGCAUGUAACCGACUUUAAAUAUUUGGGAACUAAUUUAAAAAAUGCAAAUAAUAUGCAUAAUGAAAUAAAGCUAAGGAUUUCAGCCGCUAAUAAGGGUUAUUUUGCGCUUGGAAAAUUAUUUAAAUUAAAGUUACUAUAUAUAAAAUAAAAUCCACCCUUUACUCAAACUAUCUACGACCAGUUCUAUUCUAUGGGUGCGAAAAGUGAUCUAACGUUACUUAGGGCAAUGAAGAGAAGUUGUUUAUAUUCGAAAGGAAAAUUCUAAGACAUAUCUAUGGCCCUGUUGUAGGAAAUAGGGAACACAGAAUGAGAACCAAUGAAAAAGUUUACCAAAUGUAUACCCAAAGCCCAAUAUCAAGUAAUUUAUGAGAGGCAAACAUUUGAAAUAGACGAGAAUGCAUGGAAAUCUACUGGUAUAAUAAAAAAUAUAAUGACGAGCACUAAUAAUGGGAAAAGACCUAGAGGACGAUCACGAGAAAUGGAUAGGCAUAGUCAAAUUAGACCUCAAAAAUUUGCACCAGAAUCAAAAUUAGAAAAAUGUAGAUAA